CCUAGCAAGCAUUCAAAUGAUAAGAUCACAAGUUUUAAGGGAUGCCUUAAAGAGAAGAAUUCACACGAUACGGACAAAAUAGAUUUCGAUUGAUCUUUUUAGAGCUUCCUACUUCCCAUUACGUAAGCACAAUUAUCUUAUAAUUUUAUUCCAAAGUCUUCCAAACAGGCUAUCAUGUUGCAUUGCACACCAGUAGUACUCAUAAAUGGAAGUUUAGCUCGUUUCGCAGUAAUAGCGUUCGUUUUAGCGAGUUAAGAUGACAUUCAAGAUGGCUGAGCCCUGCGGCCAGGCAUACGAAAAAUCUCCUCAGUCCGAUAGAGGAAAUCGUGAAGAACGAGUUAGCAGAGCAAUCGUGGCUGCGUUAAUCGCAGCGCUUGGUCCAGUCAGCUUCGGAUACUGUAUCGGAUAUUCAUCGUCUGCUUUGGAAGAUUUACAAAACGCGGAUAAUUCUUCAGUUGUGCGUUUAUCCGCAGAUCAGGGAUCCUGGUUCUCGUCUCUGAUCACCGUUGGCGCUAUUUUUGGCAGUUUAGUCGCUGGAUGGGCGAUUGACAAGCUUGGUCGAAAGGUUACUAUAAUGUCCUGUGUAGUACCUUUUGUUCUGGGUUGGCUCCUCAUCAGCUUUGCUCAAAAUGUUGCCAUGCUCUACAUCGGCCGAAUAAUUUCAGGUUUAGCCUGUGGUGCGAUCUCGUUGGCCACCCCGGUUUACAUCUCAGAAAUCGCCCCACCUCGUCUGCGAGGCACACUAGGCACGUUUAACCAAAUGGGAAUUGUAUCGGGCAUCUUGCUGUCUUUCAUAACGGGCCACGCCCUCAACUGGAAUUGGUGCGCCAUAAUAGGAAUAGGGUUCCCAGCCUGUUUAUUGAUAUUGAUGUUUUUUAUGCCGGAAACUGUCUACUGGCUGUUGGCUCGUGGAAAAGAGGGACACGCCUACAUGACAGCAAGAUGGCUUCGAGGACCGAAAGCCGACGUGGGGAAGGAAAUUAUGGAAAUAAAAGAUAGCUUAGAAAAGAUGGAAAGGAUGUCAAUCCAGGAAUUUGUCAAACCCAGUCUUCUACGUCCGUUCGCAAUCAGCUUGACCCUUCACUUCUUCCAACAGAGCACUGGUAUCAACGCAGUCAUGUUCUACUGUGCCACCAUCUUCCAUAAGGCCGGAUUCCAAGACAAAAGCACUAUGGUACCGAUUUUAGUAGGCAUCAUACAGGUCGUUGCAGCCGCUGUCUCUGUUGUUAUGAUUGGUCGAGUGGGUAGGCGUUUCCUGCUUAUAGUGGGUGGGGUCGGAAUGGGCAUCAGUCUUUUCAGCCUGGGGUCUUAUUUCUACAUCUCAGUAAACUCUCCUGUUACUUACUACGACUUUGAUCUUUCGUGGGUGGCUGUCACCAGUGUUGCCGUAUACAUUGUCGCAUUUGGUAUGACGUGGGGUCCCUGUGCCUGGCUCAUAAUGAGUGAGAUAUUUCCAGUGAAGGCUAGGGGAACAGCCAGCGGCUUUGCAACCCUAUUAAACUGGACUUGCGCUUUUACAAUUACAAAGACAUUUCCGUUCUUUAUCGAUACACUCACAGCAGCGGGAACUUUCUGGUUAUAUGGAAGUCAGGCGAUCCUGGCCGUAAUAUUUGUAUACGUUUGCGUUCCAGAAACGGAGGGAAAAUCCCUUGAGGAGAUUCAAAGGUACUUCGAGGGCAUAGAGAAAAAAGAGAAGGAAAUACGAGAAACCUACGUGUGAGUCCGGAAACGCAGGACUAAAAGCUAUGCGUUCGUGCGCUUUUCGAUUGAGAGUGUUAUAAUAGCAUAAAAUCACCACAGCCAAUCAGAAUUAGGAUCGGCUUUACAGGAAACUAAUGAAAAUACUUGAAACAAGCUCAAUUGCAGUGAAGCAGUUGACUUUACAUCUGAUUGGUCGAGAGAACGGCGUGAGUUCUCGACCAGUCACAGAGCACGGGAAAGCAAAAGGAUAACUUUUGAAACUCAGUUUAAAUUUCAUUUGCAGUUAAAAACUUGAGUUCCUUCUUGAGGAAAUUAGGUUGGCUGUUGGUUGGUAGUUAAUAAUUUAAAGCAAUAGAAUAGCCCUCUAGAAAAUUCUGUUAAAAAAGAGGAAAGGAGUUGUCAUCAGGCAACAUUAAACUUUAGACUCCCAUGAUCUGAUUAUUUCUCCCCUCUAGCUAAUACACAUUCCCUUGUAAAUUAGCAACGAGAAUUUGGUAUUUAGUAAAAUGAAACGAAAUCGUCGAUCCGGAAAAGAGCAGAAUUUAUAAUCAAAAGGACGAUCAAUUGUCUCCGAGAUUUAAAAACGCCUUUUACUUCGUAAAAGAAUAAAAAAGUUAAAAGACAAAUUAGA